AUGUUCGGCAAGAAGUACUACGGCCUUACAGGCACCAACUUGAACAUCGCAGUCGGUAUUAUUGCCGGUCUCGAUUUUCUGUUGUUUGGUUAUGACCAAGGUGUUAUGGGUGGUCUACUCACUCUCAAAUCUUUCAACCGCACCUUCCCCGAAAUUGACGUCGAUCACCCUCCUCAUGGCCAGUCCAGCUCAUAUACUUCCACCAUCCAAGGCAUUUCCGUGGCCUCCUACAACUUGGGAUGCUUUGUUGGUGCAUUGGCUACAAUCUGGAUUGGCGACUGGCUUGGACGUCGCAAGACAAUCUUCUUGGGAUCUGCCAUCAUGGUCAUUGGUGCCACGCUACAAACAUCUGCUUUUGCUCUCGCACACUUGAUCGUUGGAAGAAUCAUUACAGGAAUUGGAAACGGCAUGAACACAUCUACUGUGCCAGCAUGGCAGAGUGAAUGUUCGAAAUCGCAUCGUCGUGGUCAGAUGGUUAUGAUCGAAGGCGCUCUCAUCACAGGAGGUGUUAUGAUGUCCUACUGGAUUGAUUUCGGCUUUUCCUACCUCGAACCUUCGACAGUCUCCUGGCGCUUCCCCAUCGCUCUCCAGAUCUUGUUCGCGCUCAUUAUUCUCAUGUUUAUCAUGGGUUUACCCGAAUCACCACGCUGGCUCAUCAUGAAAGGCAAGGAGCAGCAAGCCAUGGAAGUGCUGUGCGCUCUCAACAACAUGUCCGAAGAAGAUCCAUACAUCGUCUCCGAGUUUUCGGCCAUCAAGGACUCUGCUCUGGUCAUGCAACAAGGCGGUUUCAAAGAUCUCUUCACCAUGGACGAAGAUCGAAACUUCCACCGUGUCGUCCUCGCCUACGUCAACCAAAUGUUCCAGCAGAUCUCUGGUAUCAACCUUAUCACCUACUACGCCACCAGCAUCUACAGAAACAGCAUUGGCCUUUCUGAUUUCCUCGCACGUAUUCUGGCAGCUGCCAACGGAACAGAAUACUUUGCCGCUUCCUGGAUUGCCGUCUUCACGAUCGAGAAGUUUGGACGCCGCCAACUCAUGAUUUUCGGUGCUGCAGGUCAAGCCGCUUCUAUGGCUAUCCUCGCUGGUACCACUUCGAGGACAUCAUCUGCCAUGGGUAUCACUGCUGCAGUUUUCCUCUUCGUCUUCAACACAUUCUUCGCCAUUGGUUGGCUAGGCAUGACUUGGCUGUACCCAGCUGAAAUCGUCCCCCUGAGGAUCAGAGCUCCUGCUAAUGCUUUGUCAACUUCUGCCAACUGGAUUUUCAACUUCAUGGUCGUCAUGAUUACCCCUGUCGCAUUCGAUACCAUUGGAUAUCAGACCUACAUCAUUUUCGCAGCCAUCAACGCCUUCAUUGUGCCUUGCGUCUACUUCUUCUACCCUGAAACCCGUCUUCGUUCACUUGAAGAAAUGGAUGACAUUUUCCGCAACACAACUUCGAUCUUCAAUGUUGUCAAGGUUGCCCGCGACACACCCAAUCGCUACGGCAAGAAUGGUGAACUUCUUAUCAAUUACCUCGACACCGAGGCCGCAGCUGGCGCCGAAAGACGUCGCAGCUCGUUGGUCGAGCCCAAGUACGGCAAGACUAGUGGCAAAAGCGAUGGUGAGCAGGUGGAGAGAUUGGAGAACGGUUACGGAUCCAGCUCGGCGGCAUCACAGAACGAGAAGGUGUAG